CUAAGAUUAGGAGUAAUGAUAUGCCGAAACCACAUUAGAUAAGUGGAUUCCGAAUGUCACUCUUUACUGUUCAUCAUGCUUGUUCCCUGCAACAUAUCCUCUCUCUCCUGCCACCUCAAGAAAUCUGUUUACAGAUUGCUGGUAAUUCCCACACAUUUCCAUCCUGCCCUUGAAUAGAGUGUUUCUGGUUAACCAGAUAGUCAAAGCGGAAGAACAAGUAUCGGAAGAAGGAUUAACAAACUAAUGGGCAAAGACCAACAUUCUUAUUCUUUCACCAAGAAAUUCUUACCCUGGUUCUUUUAUUGCACUAUCGCCAUUGCCAUCUUUCGUUUAUACUUCUACCCUCUUCAUUUAGUUCGCCAAUCCACCAUUGACCAACUCCCCGACACCCUCAUCACCCCUUCUUCUUCUUCUUCAUCUAUCAAGCGAGAAGUGAAAAAAGUUUAUGAAAUUCCUUGUGACUUCACCAAUGGCAGAUGGGUCCAUGACAAGAUGGGACCUUUAUACAAUGGCACAGCCUGUGCUACCCUUAAGGAAGGUCAAAACUGCAUCGCUCAUGGAAGACCUGACUUGGGUUACCUCUACUGGAGAUGGAAACCAAAUCAAUGCAAGCUUCCGAGGUUUGAUCCCCUCACUUUUCUUCAACUUCUUAGUCACAAACAUUUAGCUUUUGUUGGUGAUUCUAUGGCUCGGAACCAACUAGAGUCCCUUCUUUGCAUGCUGUCCACGGUCUCUGUCCCGAACCUUGUUUAUCGAGAUGGUGAAGAUAAUAAGUUUAGAAGAUGGCAUUUUGAUUCUCAUAAUUUCAGUAUUUCUGUUUACUGGUCACCCUUUUUAGUUAAAGGAAUUGAGAAAUCUAAAUCUGGUCCAAAUCAUAACAAUUUGUUUGUGGAUUAUGUUGAUGAGAGGUGGGCGGCUGAUUUAGAUCAAAUAGACAUGAUUGUUUUAUCUGUUGGGCAUUGGUUUUUACAUCCAGCUGUUUAUUUUGAGGGAGAUUCUGUAUUGGGUUGCCAUUAUUGUCCUGGACUAAAUCACACCGAGAUUGGUUUCUAUGAUGUUUUGAGGAAGGCCUUAAAGACUACCCUCAAAACUGUAAUCAAAAGAGCAGGGUCUAAUGUUAAUGUUAAAGAUGUGAUCUUGACCACAUUUUCUCCAUCACAUUUUGAAGGUGAUUGGGAUAAGGCAGGUGCUUGUCCUAAGACCAAGCCUUAUAAGGAGGGCGAAAAAUUGCUUGAAGGAAUGGAUGCUGAUAUCAGAAAUAUUGAGGUUGAACAAGUGGAGAAAGCUAAGGAAAAUGCUAAGCAAAAGGGGUUGAGGCUAGAGGUAUUGGAUGUGACCAGAUUAUCGCUAAUGAGACCAGAUGGUCAUCCAGGUCCUUACAUGUAUCCAAAUCCAUUUGCUAAUGGGAUUCAAGAGCAUGUACAGAAUGAUUGUGUACAUUGGUGCUUACCAGGGCCUAUAGAUACUUGGAAUCAAAUAAUGCUAGAGGUUAUAAGGAGAUGGGAGGGUCAAUCAAAAAGAGAAGUGCAGUAUGCUUUUCUCUAGUUUAUCUAUCUUGUUAGAGAAUUGACACAAUGAGGAGAUAAAGCGAUUGAUAGUGGUUAUAUUUCUGUAUGGGGUCUUUUCUAAUUUGAAAGAAAUGGAAGGCGGGGAACGAGUCAUAACAUAGAAGAGAGGUUUGGGGCAGCAAAGUUACAAAGAUGGUAUACUUUUGAAGGUACAUGCUUGGUCUAUGUGAAAUGUUCAAAGUGAUUCAAUAUAAGGUUCUAAAGAAACUGAAGUCCAUCGGCACUUUUCAUUAUUUUAUUUCAGAAUUCACAGAUGAAAAGUUAAUUUGCCCACCAGGUUCACAUGCUUCAUGAAUGUAUCCAUUGAAAUACUUGUUUGGUUGUAAGUUUUUCUCGCACAGAUUUAAGUUUUUUUGUUUGGAAUUCGAUUUCAACUACUUCCUUUUAUAUAUUGUAUGUUAUCUUUUACCUAGUUUCAAAUCUCAAAAAAGACUGCUUCGCCUUU